AUACACUGGUGCGCUGGGUGUUAUAAUAAUGAAUUGUGUUUCUGACGCACCGAAAAAUCUCUGGCAACGGAUAGGGGAGAUAUAGCAUCCUCUAACCUACGUGAUGCCACGUCAGCUAAUCGGAUGCGACUAAAAUACGCCUUCCCCUCCGACUACUAUUUAGUUCAUCACCCUCCUUCUCUCCCCUCAACCUCUUCAAGCUGUAAAUUUCUGUUAGUUUUACUGUAAUUUCGUGAAUGAACAAUGAUGGCAGCGGUUACUAGGAUGGAGUCCGCGUUGCUUGGAAUUAUUCUUACCUCUUUUGUCGCGUUGAGCUUCUUGAUGAAUGGGAAUGCAGCGGGAAUCACGAGUACUUUCAUCCGAUCUGAGUAUCCAUCGGUUGAUAUACCUCUGGACCAUAAAGUAUUUGCGGUGCCAAAGGGUUACAAUGCUCCACAACAAGUGCAUAUCACCCAGGGUGACUAUGAUGGAAAGGCUGUAAUCAUCUCAUGGGUUACCGCUGACAAACCAGGGGAUGGUAAAGUGCAGUAUGGUACCUCAGAGAAAAAAUACAAGUUUUCUGCUAAGGGGGUCAUGACAAACUACACCUUCUACCAGUAUAAGUCUGGCUACAUCCAUCACUGUCUUGUUGAUGGCCUAGAGUAUGACACAAAGUACUAUUACAAAAUUGGAAAUGGUGAUUCAUCUCGAGAAUUUUGGUUUACAACGCCUCCAAAGAUCGAUCCAAAUUCUCAUUACACAUUUGGGAUCAUAGGUGAUUUGGGUCAGACAUUUAACUCUCUCUCAACUCUUGAGCACUAUAUGAAGAGUGCAGGACAGGCUGUUUUAUUCGUCGGAGAUCUUAGCUAUGCUGAUAGAUAUCAGUAUAAUGACGUAGGUUUACGGUGGGACACAUGGGCUCGAUUCGUCGAGCAAAGUACUGCAUAUCAGUCAUGGAUGUGGUCUGCUGGCAAUCAUGAAAUUGAUUACAUGCCUUAUAUGGGAGAAGUUACUCCGUUCAAGAACUAUCUUCAGCGGUAUGCUACUCCGUAUUUGGCCUCUAGUAGUAGCAACCCUCUUUGGUAUGCCAUCAGACGCGCAUCAGCUCACAUAAUCGUGUUGUCCAGUUACUCUCCAUUUGUGAAGUACACGCCUCAAUGGAUGUGGCUAGCAGCAGAAUUGCAAAGGGUUGAUAGGAAAAAAACACCUUGGCUCAUAGUCCUUAUGCAUGUUCCGAUGUACAAUAGUAAUGAGGCUCAUUACAUGGAAGGUGAAAGCAUGCGAGCAGUGUUUGAGAGUUGGUUCGUUCAAUACAAAGUUGAUGUGGUGUUUGCUGGCCACGUCCAUGCUUAUGAGAGAUCGUAUCGUAUCUCCAACAUACAAUACAACAUAACGAGUGGUAUCUGGUACCCCAUACCAGACAAAUCAGCCCCUGUAUACGUAAAUGUUGGAGAUGGAGGGAUCAAUGAAGGACUGGCUGCGGGGGUAGGAACUCUAGUCUAGUUUCUUUAUUACGAUUUUGUUUCGUUAAUAAGUAAAAAGAUCGGUCGAAACAGGAUAGCAUAAUUUAAGAGACAUAAUUUCAUUUCGUUGAUUUGAUCACUAGCAGUUGGUAGGGAAAUCGAGUUCCUUUUGUGCAGACAGUCUUGACUAACACAUGUUCAAUGGUUUCUGUAGGUAUAGAGAUCCACAACCAGAUUAUUCUGCAUUCCGAGAAGCAAGCUAUGGCCAUUCCACGCUCGAGCUUAUGAACAGGACACACGCACUCUACCACUGGAACCGCAAUGAUGAAGGGAAGAAAACUGCAGCGGACGCAUUUGUAUUGCACAACCAGUAUUGGCAAGCAUAGCCAUACGGUCUUCAUGUUUUCGGUGCCAAAACAGCAAGCAAUCACUUUUCGGUAAUCCAACUUAGUAAACGUGUUUGGUACUGAGUUUUGGUAAUGCAGGGGUACGAAUCACAGGUCUGAAGAAGCAUAAUGUUAGGAAGUUCAUGGACGAAAAUGCUAUGUACUGAUGAAUAAUCGAUCACGUCGAUCGGGCCCUUCGAUGAUUGGAACCAUGUGAACUCUGAGUUAGCCUUUAAACUUCAACAGUGCCAAAUUUCAAGUCGUUAAAUUGUUCGAUUAAUCUAGCUGAAGUUUUAGCGUCGUGGGGAGAAA